AUGAGCAGCGUCAGCAAGAAAGAUGGUCCGAACGCGGUGUGGCAGGACCGCGAGAUCCGCUUCGACGUCAGGCUCAAGGACCUGAACCUGCGCAAGGGGGAGUUCGAGAUCGACCACCUCCAGGGGGUGGAGGACACGAAGGGAAACACCGGGGACAAGGGCGAGCUGGUGGUGACCAACCUGCGCACCAUAUGGGUGUCGAGUAAGAGGAGGAACAUCAACCUGAGCAUCGGGUACGGCGCCAUGGUCUCCAUCAACACGCGCACCGCCAACACGAGGCUCAGGGGCCAGACCCAGUCGCUGUACAUCAUGACCAAGUUCAACGGCAGCAGGUUUGAGUUCAUUUUCACCAACCUCGUGUCGAACUCCCCGCGGCUGUUCACCACCAUUCAGGCGGUGCAGCGCGCGUACGAUGCAUCCAAGAUGUAUCGAGACCUCAAGCUGCGCGGUGCCAUCAUCGCGGACAAGGAGCUCAAGCUGCUGCCCAAGGAGGAGGUGUACAACAAAGUCAAUGGGGUGUGGAACCUCAGCAGCGAGCAAGGCAACCUCGGGACGUUCUUCAUCACCAAUGUGCGGGUGGUGUGGCACGCGAACAUGGCCGAGAACUUCAACGUCAGCAUACCCUACAUACAGAUGAAGAGCGUCAGCGUGAGGGACAGCAAGUUCGGCCAGGCGCUGGUGGUGCAUACGACGCACAGGAGCGGCGGGUACAUCCUCGGCUUCCGCGUCGACCCGGCGGAGAAGCUAAAGGAGGUCUUCACCGAGAUCGAGGGUCUGCACAAGGUGUUCAGCGCCAAUCCCAUAUUCGGCGUGGAGUUCAGCGUCGAGGAACGGGCGGGAUCGCUCAGCUCCGUCUCCGUGCCUAGGGAGACGGACGACGUGGAGAUUGUCAACGACGGGGAGGCGUUCAAGGCGUAUUACGCCUUUGGGGGUGAGCCGGGAGAGAAGCGCGAGGUGGUGUUCUGCCCAGAGCUGGGACUGGCCAUCGAGAAGCUGCCGGAAGGGGUGACCAUCGAGCAGCUGUGGAACAUCGUGUGA